AUGGCGCCUCAUUUGCGGAUAGGAGUCGACGUUGGCGGCACCAAUACCGACGGUGUCAUUUUGGACCCCAGUAGGUCGUCAGAGUCGGAUCGUGGCAUUGUUGCGUGGAAAAAGUCGAGCACGACCAAGAACCCCAGCGAUGGCAUCAAUAAUGUCAUUAGCGAGAUGUUUCGCGAGUCCAACGUCAACCCAGAAGAUGUCGCCAGCGUCACAAUUGGCACCACGCACUUUAUCAAUGCGGUAGUGGAAAUGGAUCAGUCUCGCCUGGCCCGUGUUGCCGUGCUGCGAUUGUGCGGGCCGUUCUCGAAAGAGAUUCCAGUCGGAGUAGAUUGGCCACCAAAGCUCAGAAACAUCAUUUGCGCAUACCGGGGGCUGGUCGAUGGUGGACUUGAAAUUGACGGCACACUAAUCUCAGAGCUCGACGAGGAUGAGAUUCGCCGGCAAUGCGAGGUUAUCAAGUCCAAGGGCAUUAGGAGCAUCGUGGUGGCUGGAGUCUUUAGUCCCAUUGAUGUGGUCUACCGACAAGAGGAGAGAGCCGCCGAGGUCAUCCGCGAAGUCUAUCCCGAAGCCGACGUUGUGAUAUCCAAGGAUGUGGCCAAUAUCGGAUUCCUGGAACGUGAGAAUGCGGCAGUGCUCAAUGCGGCCAUACUGUCGUUUGCGAGACGCACGAUUCACUCUUUUCAGAAUGCAGUCGGUAGUCUCAAGCUCAAUUGUCCCGUAUUUCUGACCCAGAAUGACGGCACGAUAUUGCCGGCUAGUUCAGCUGCACAAGUGCCCAUCAGGACCUUCUCCAGCGGUCCUACCAACUCCAUGCGCGGUGCCGCAUUCCUAACCCAGGGACUGGACAAGGAAGCAAUGAUGGUUGUGGACAUUGGCGGUACCACUACCGAUGUAGGCCUGCUGCUCAAGAAUGGCUUCCCCAGGCAGGCAGCCGCGUACAGCGAGAUCUCUGGAGUGAGAACAAACUUUUCCUACCCCGACGUGCGGAGCAUCGGUCUCGGCGGCGGCUCCAUUGUGCGUGUCGCCGACGAUGCGACGGUCUCCAUCGGCCCCGACAGCGUGGGCUACCAGAUCCAGACCAAGGCCCUGGUGUUUGGCGGUGACGUCGCCACCGCCACCGACUACACCGUCCUGGCCGACACGGCGAUUCAGAUUGGCGACCGCGCCCGGGUGGAGGCGGCCAAGCUGGAGAGCCACCUGAGCGCCUUCAAGGCCGAGGUCAAGUCCAAGAUUGAGCGCGUCAUUGACGUGAUGAAGACGUCGCCGGAAGACAUCCCCGUCGUGCUGGUCGGUGGAGGUGCCGUCAUUGCCCCGGAUGCCCUCAAGGGCGCGAGCAAGGUCAUCAAGCCUCAGUGGUCGGGUGUCGCCAAUGCGAUUGGUGCGGCCACGGCGCGAGUAUCGGGCGUGGUCGACUCGAUUGAGAGUACCGAAUCCAGGACUCUGGCACAGGUGAUUGAGGAGCUGUCCAAGAGAGCGAUUGACCAGGCGGUUUCUAAUGGCGCAUUACGGGAUACUGUGACGAUUGCCGAGGUGGAGAGUCUGGCUUUGCAAUAUAUCGCCGACAAGUCGAGAGUCGUCAUCAAGGCCGUUGGAGAUUUUGACUUUUCCAGGACGGAUCUCUCUGGCGUUCCCGAGGCUCUGACAAACGGCGGAAAUGCACCUAGCGAAGAAGCUAACGGGUCCAAUGAAGAGUCACGAAAAGGAAUUGUUGAUGAUAACUCGGCUCCGGACAAGAUUGUUUUCACCAAGAGCUACAUCGACGGGUACAAGCCCAAGGUGGUAAACAGGCAGUGGUUCAUUUCCGAAACAGACCUGGACUGGAUCAGCAUCGGUUGCUAUAUCCUCGGUACGGGAGGAGGUGGCUCUCCUUAUCAGCACAUGUUGCGGCUGCGCGAAAUGCUCAGGGCUGGAGCCACGGUGCGCGUCGUAUCGCCGUGGGAUCUCAAGGACAAGGACAUUGUGGCUUGUGGUGGAGGAAAGGGAUCCCCCCAAGUGUCCAUUGAGAAGCCCUACGGAGAUGAAAUGAUGGAGUCUCAGACUGUCCUUUAUGAAUACUUGAAAGUCAAGCCAGACGCCGUUAUAAGUCUGGAAAUCGGCGGCGGUAAUGGAUUACAAGGACUCAUCCUUGGAGCUUCCACUAAUAUGGAUAUACCGUGUGUUGAUGGUGAUUGGAUGGGGCGGGCUUACCCAGUCUCAUGGCAGACAACACCCGUGGUAUUUGAAAAGAAGGCGACAAUGAUUCCCUCGACCAUUUCUGAUGGAAACGGGAGAGUAAUGAUCAUGACCAAGGCACGAACGGAAUUAGAGGUAGAGCGCGCAUUCCGUGCCGCGCUAUCUCAGAUGGGAUCCCACGUCGGGUGCGCAAAGGGUCCCGUCUCGGGAAGCAACACCAAGACCUGGGUAGUUGAGAACACCGUCUCUCUGUCGUGGCGAAUCGGACGCGCAGUCGCCUUGUCGCGAUGCACCAACCAGGUCGAUACCGUCGCCGAGUCAAUUAUUGAAGAGGUCGGCGGACCAAAGUCGGCCAAGGUCCUGUUCAAGGGCAAGAUUGUCGGAGUGGAGAGGAUCACCAGGAUGGGCCAUGCCUAUGGCGAGGUCAUUAUCGAGUCUGCAUCAGAGGACGGCAAGGGCCCCGUGGAAAGGAUAAUCAUUCCUUUCAAGAAUGAAAACAUAUUCGUCAAGAAGAUUGGCCCGGAUGGACAGGAAGAGAUACUUGCCGUUGUGCCUGAUCUUGUUUGUGUCAUAGAUGCGCAAAACGGCGAGGCCAUUGGCACGCAAGAAUACAGAUAUGGUCUCCUCGUUGUGGUCUUGGCCAUAACAGCAUCAGAAAAAUGGACAUCUACUGCCAGAGGCAUCGAAAUAGGCGGACCUAGAGGCUUUGGAUUCAAUGACUUGGAGUACAAACCUAUUGGAAGCUUUGAGAAGCCCAGAUCAGUCAUUGAUGAGUUUGAUGUUUCUACCUGA